AUGAACCCAGAGUUAGCAUGCAAGCAGGCAAAACGGUUGAUACGCGUCGCAGAAAAGAAAAAACUCACCGAUGCACAGGUAGCAGAGCUGCAGGCAUGUUUGGCGCGGCUUUCUCAGUCUAAGCGUGCACGACUUGAGGGUCUUCUCAAACGUGUCCAAGGCCUUAGCGGACCCACCACUAGACAGGGAACGGAGGACAACAAAGAAACUAAUGUCCUCAGACCGCUGUCGCAGUUCUCUAUUGGUCGAGGUGAGAGUAAGAGCCCCGCAGCUGUGCGCGAAACCAUCUUGCGGUGCGUGUCCUUUAGGCAUCUUGCUAGAAAUAAGACGGCAUUCGAACUAUACAACGAGUUUUCCUGCAAGGGAGUCCUUCUCUUAAAGUUGGAGCUUACCGAUGAUACUAAGCCAGACGUGUUUCCCAUACUGAACGCACAAUACCCAUUCUCGGUUUCGCUGUCAAGCGGAACCCAAAUAUCCAAUACUCACUAUUUUGAAACCAUACUGGAAGAGGAUAUGUGCUUGAGAAUGCAAAGGAUAACCAGCAUCAAGGAUUUACUUUUGGAGUCGGAGCAAUUUACUCCAUUCCUCUACUUGCCUCCCCAGUGCAUUAUUAAUAACUUAGCAGAUAAUUGGAACGGAGUACUUUUGGCCAUUGACUGCGAGAUGAUUCAUACGUCAGUGUGUGAGAAUGACUUGGCCAGAGUGACUGUUGUUGAAUGCAAUACGAGGACAACUACUCCAGUAACGAGCAUAUUCUCCCUAGUCUAUGAUGCGUAUGUUGAGCUACCGAGCGAUACAGAAGUAGUAGAUUACAAGACACAAUAUUCUGGGAUCACGGCACAGAUAUUAGAAAAUGCAAGUUCAAAGCACCCAAAGGAUAUCAUAAGAGAUCAUAUUUUGAGCUUCAUUCUGCCAUCCGAGCUGCACGAACUUCUAUAUGCUGAGCAGAUACAACACUCGACAGACUUGUCGGCACUGAGUGGUGUAUCUCUUCCGUUCAUUGUUGGUCACGGGGUCGAGAAUGACCUACGAGCAUUGGGAUUGAUCUACCCUCUUGUAAUUGAUACUUGUGUGCUUUACCAGCACGGGACCCGGAAGCCUCGCCUUCAGGAUCUAGCACGACGUUAUCUGCUAAAGGACAUACAGACUAAUGCAGAAGCAGGGCAUAGUAGCAUAGAGGACGCUGAGGCCGCUCUUCAUCUUGUCCUCCUGCGCCUUGAGCUAUCAAAUAUUCAUAUUUCCUCAAUACUCUCCCGCUCUCUAAGCUCCUCUUCGGCCGGAAAGGCUGUACAAAAGUAUUUCAAUAUGUUACGUGAAAGACAGAUAGCUACGCUCAAAGAAUCGACGGCUUCUCUCUCCCAGUUAAUAUACAAGUAUCAAGUAAUGAAGAGCGAAGCCAUUUCGCAAUAUGCAUAUGGCGUUCUUUCGCUCUAUAGUUUUAAAUCUAUUCAGCAUUUUACUCUCUCAGGAGCAAAAUCUCCCCCAACGCUAGGAGAACUUUUACUAUGGAUAUCGACGCUUCCGCCUCAGAAUAGGAAGUUUUGUAUCGCAACACCAGCACCAAUCCCCUGUUCAGAACUACUUCCCUACCUACGGGACAUCCAGGCAUAUGUCCCGCCGCAGAUCCUGGUGCUAUGUGUUGUGCAUGCAGGAGACAUUACCAUGUGCCCAUUUGUAUCGGGCGCUGAUUUUGAGGAUGUAUCUUCAAAGAAUCUUUUGGCCAAUAAAAUAGACUAG